AUUUCUUUUUAAUUUCUUUCUUUGCUCCACUCCUUCCUCUUCUUCCAUUAUUUUAUAUUUUAUCACUAGUUUUUAAGACUCCAAGCCUAAAAAGGAAGGGAGAGACUUGGGAAAGAUCAAUCCCUUCCCUCCAUGGUUAUCUCCUUUUCCAUUUUCUCCUCCAUGGUUGACUACAUUAUGCAUUCUUCUGUUUUUGUUUCCAAUAAUUUCCUCUUUGAUUAAUUUUUCUAAUAAAUAAAAACUCCCUCUUUGCCCAUCCCAAUCUUUUUCUGGAUAGAUGGCUUUUUCCUGUCAGAAAAUUGUGGGUAGGAAGUCAAGCCAAGUCUCCUCCUUAUUUUAAUCUCUGCAAUUUGUCUACAAGUUCUUCCUCUCUAUUUUCCUUCUCAAAUUCUUCAAUUUUUCCAAGUUCUCCCACUUCUUGUUUAUGUUUCUUUGCAACUGGGCAGCUUCACAAGUUACUAAGGAACAAAUUCUUGCUUUUGCUAAGUGCUUGUUUCUGGGAUUUUUUCAGUAUUUUUGAAGAAUCAGUUGAUAAUUGACUAUGUACUAGAGUGAAGAUUUUGAUUGAGAUCAUGGAAAUGGAGAUUAAGAGUUAGGGAAAACAUCAUAAAUUAGCUGGAGCCUAGAGGGUCCGUAGAAGAAAGGAAUCACAAUAUUCUUGGAGCAACCCAGCUGUUGGGUCUUGUGGCUCAGGUGUGCAUAGAGGCUUGUUAUUGUCUUCGUUCCAUAAGGCCUGGACAUUGGAGUUUGGUUGAUUUGGUGGAGAAAGUUAGGUGUCAGAGGGUUGCUUUGAUGGAACCGUCCUCAUCAAGUUCAUUGAAGAGGGCUCGAGCACUUGGAAGUGGGAACCAAGUACCUUCCUGCUUGGUCGAUGGAUGCACUGCAGACCUCAGCAAGUGCAGGGACUAUCAUCGACGCCAUAAAGUAUGUGAGGUUCACUCUAAGACCUCAAAGGUUACAAUUAGGGGACAGGAACAACGAUUUUGCCAGCAAUGCAGCAGGUUUCAUUCACUGGUGGAGUUUGAUGAGGGUAAAAGAAGCUGCAGGAAACGUCUUGAUGGACAUAACCGGCGUAGGAGGAAGCCACAACCAGAUUCUCUUUCCAAUCACCCAGGCACAAGAUUUUUGCCAUUCAGUAGCCCCCAAAUAUUCUCAUCUAUGGCCCCAUCCUCCCCUUGGGUCGGAGCAAUCAAAGCAGAAACCAAUAUGCAUUCAGAGUUGACCUUUGGCAGCAGAAAUAACCUGUUUCCGGGAUCCUCAUCUCACCAUUACAAAGCGGAAAAGCAGUUCCCAUUCUUACACACCAGUUCAACUCUCUCUGCGGUUUCUGCCUGCCAGCCCCUUCUUGAUGCCAAUUCCCCACCAGGCAAUGGUGGCAUCAGCCGGAAAACGUCCUCUACCGUGUUAAACCAAGUCCCCAAUUUGAAUCGUGCUCUCUCUCUUCUGUCAUCUCAACCGGCUGAUACUUGUGAGAUUGGUUUGAGCCCCAUGGUGCAGUCUGACCGACAACAGUCCUUGAUCCCAAAUUUGCAUUACAACAACGGUCUAGGAAUGGAAGGUGAGCAAGCAGGAUGCCUUCUAUCCUUCGAUGGAAGUACCACUAACACCAACAUUCAUGCCCAUGGACCAGAUCUUUUCCGGGCAGGGCAUCAUGGAUCCUCUGCUACCAGUACUCACCCUAACCUCUCCUUCUCAUGGGAGUAAUCUGCAUCCAUGUCUGGCUCUCUCCCAUCGAAUAAUUAGAAUCCUCAGUGCUCUGAGGUUUAGUUCUCCAAGUAAUGGUUUUUUCACAAAGCAAAUGUAUGAAUAAUUUGUAUGAAUUUUCUCGGAAUACUUUCUCCUGUAACCUCAAAUCUUGAAGUACUUAUCUCCUUAGAGGCCUGGUAAUUCGUUUC